ACAAUCAUAUCUGUUGUCAUGGAGACAGAAGAACUGGAAGAGGUGGAAAGGCAUUGCAGAAAAGCAGCCAGUGGUGUCAAGAAGGGCAGUUCUCAGCAGACAGCCUCACAGCCGGGUGUGAAUUCUGAGGAUGAGGAGAAGGCAGAGAGUGCUGAUCAUGUGACCCAGGACAGUGAGUCACAGACUCACUACAUUGCCAUUCAAAGAAAUUCCAAGUAUUAUCAGUCCAUGAGGCUACGGAGCAGGCAGAAAGAGAGGAAUAACAGAGAGGGGAUGAAUGCUAGGCAUGCUGUAGCUUCACUCAAAAAUCGAGACAGCAGAAGCAAACCUCUGAAUGUGAAUGUAUUAUCUCGCAAGGGACCCCCAGUAUCAGUAAAAUCUGAAGUGAAAACCUUGGAAGAACAAUGGAUACAAAGCCAGGCGUGGAGUGCUCUCAGCAAAUCUUUCCAGGUGACCAUGCCUCCACGCGCCAGGCAAUCCCCGGUAUGGAGCAAUGGCGAGGUGCUGGACCUCAUUAGUGUUUGGGAGGAGGAAGCUGUCCAGUCCCAGCUGCGCUCCAGCCGUAGGAAUUACGAUACCUUCGGGCAGAUAUCAAGGGACAUGAUGGAAAGGGGCCAUGACCGGGACGCACUGCAGUGCAGGAGUAAUGUGAAGAAGCUGCAGAAUGCCUACCGCAAAGCCCAUGAGGCAAACCGCCACUCCGGUGCUGCCCCCACGAGCUGCCAGUUCUACAAAGAGCUGGAUGCAAUACUUGGGGGAGACCCCACCUCCAUUGCGAGGAUCACCAUGGACACUUCAGAGCCCAGUGCAACAAGGCAGGAGGACCAAAGCAGGAGCAAGGGUGCUGAGGCGGAGGAAGACACCCCGGCAUCCCUAGAUGCAUGCAGCCAGGAGCUGUUCUCAAGCCAGGAGGAAGGUAGCCAGUCACGGCAGCUGGUUCUUGGAGAAGGACAAACACCAGAGGAGGUUCCCAAUGCAACCUUGAGAUCUCAGCCAUCUGUGUUAUCACUGACUGAAAGACUCCAAAGAAUCAGAAAGAAGUAAUGCAGCAUUCAGGUAAUGAAAAUCAAAAAGUGCAGGAGCGGCGGGACAGCGAAAGAAGGGUCCGCUAGCAGAAUGAGGAGCACCGGCACAAAAGCGCAGUGCUCCAGCAGCAAAGCAUGGAUCGGCUGAUAAGCAUAAUGGAGAACCAAGUGGACUCUAUCCAGGCGCUCAUAGCCAUGAGGCGGAGCAUUACCAAGCCCGCACCCCCUGCAGCCCUUUUCCAAAAACUCUUUCCCUUGUGCCCCCAUGUUACCUCCAACCCACUUUCCCCAACAUCCGGGUUCUUACCGCCACCAGCUGUCUCCAACACCUGUAGCUUCACCACCCAGCCCUGAAAACUACAACCCUUACCCACUGCACUCAAACCCCAUCACCAUGCAGUAUAGCCAUCCUGAAGUGCAGCACUCAUUGCACAGCACUCCAGACAGGAAGGCCGAGUACGAUAACAGGACAUAGGCAAAUCUGUGAUUGUACUGUUCUCCACCCCACCCCCUUGCCCUUUCUGUUUCCCAAGCAGUUGUGUUUCUUUUCAAUAAAUGAAUUUUUUGGCUUUUAAAACAUUCUUUAUUAUUGCAUAAAGUAAAAGAUACCUUAGCCCAGGAAAGAAACAGGCACUGCAAGUCAGCGUAGCAAACACAGAUUCCUACUAACAUUGGAACCCCUGCACUUCACUCCCGUGCAGGGCACCAGACAUUACUGGUGGCUUUCAGUCUCAAAUUGCUCCCUCAAGGCAUCUCUAAUCCUUGCAGCCCCACACUGGGUCCCUCUAAUAGCCCUGCUCUCUGGCUGUUCAAAUUCAGCCUCCAGGUGUUGUUGACCC